AUGUCCCACGAGGAGGACCUUAUCGACUACUCCGACGAGGAGAUCCAGCCAACGGAGGCGCCUGCCAACGGCAACGCAACCGUAGCUAAGGGUGGCCUUUCAGCUGGCGACGCAGCUGGCGACAAGAAGGGCAGCUAUGUUGGCAUUCACUCGACCGGUUUCCGCGAUUUCCUCCUGAAGGACGAGCUCGUACGAGCAAUCACGGACUGUGGCUUCGAACAUCCUUCCGAGGUCCAGCAAGUUACCAUUCCCCAGGCCAUUCUCGGUAACGACGUUCUCUGCCAGGCCAAGUCUGGUCUCGGAAAGACAGCUGUCUUCGUCCUUGCUACCCUCCAGCAGAUGGACGAGAAGCCUGAGCCUGGUGUUGCCACGAUUCUGGUCAUGUGCCACACUCGUGAGCUGGCCUACCAGAUCAGGAACGAGUACAACCGUUUCGCCAAGUUCCUGCCCGAUGUCAAGGUCGGUGUCUUCUACGGUGGAACACCAGUUCAGAAGGACAUCGAGCUUCUCGGCAAUAAGGACACUCAUCCUCACAUCAUUGUCGGUACACCCGGACGUAUCAACGCGCUCGUUCGUGACAGGCAUCUCCGCCUCUCCAACUUGAAGCACUUCGUUCUCGACGAGUGCGACAAGAUGCUGGACCAGCCUGACAUGCGCAAUGAUGUUCAGUCCAUCUUCCGCGCGACACCCGCUCACAAGCAGGUGAUGAUGUUUUCCGCCACCCUGGCGAAGGAGAUCCGCGAGACCUGCAAGAAGUUCAUGCAAAACCCUCUUGAGAUCUACGUUGAUGACGAGAAGAAGUUGACGCUUCAUGGUCUGCAGCAAUACUACAUGAAGCUCGAUGAGCGUGAGAAGAACAGGAAGCUCAACGACCUUCUUGAUGAGUUGGAGUUCAACCAGGUUAUCAUCUUCGUUCGCUCGACUCUGCGUUGCACAGAGCUUGACAAGCUCCUGCGCGAGUGCAACUUCCCCAGUACUGCGGUCCACUCCGGUAUUGGUCAGGAGGAGCGUAUCAAGCGCUACAAGGAGUUCAAGGACUUCCAGACCCGUAUCUGUGUCUCCACUGACAUUUUCGGUCGCGGUAUCGACGUUGAGCGUAUCAAUGUUGCCAUCAACUACGAUAUGCCUGACAAGGCUGACUCGUACCUCCACCGUGUCGGUCGUGCCGGUCGUUUCGGAACCAAGGGUCUCAGUAUCUCCUUCAUCAGCAGUCCCGAGGACGAGGCAGUCCUGAAGUCGAUCGAGGAGCGCUUCGAGGUCUCCCUCCCCGAGUUCCCCGAGAAGGGUGUCGAUGCCAGCACCUACAUGGACAACUAA